GACAGACUGGCAGCCGCCGGCCUCGAGGAAGGGCCUCUCGCUGCCGUCUAUGUCGACGGGGUCGCUUUCCUCGGGACCAGCGAAAAGUGCUGCUCGGACGGGUGUGCGUCCGCCGUCGAGCUCUUGGGAUCCCGUGGUCUGGUUUGUAAGGGGAUGGUCGGGGCGUCUGAACAGCAGUCUUUUACUGGCCUCACGUUCGAACGCAGCUCAGGAAUCAUUUCGCAUUCGACCCGGCGCUUGUGGAAAAUUCGCCUGGGGCUCUUGGAGCUCUGCCGUCAGGGCUGGUGCACCGGGGUCCAGCUGCGCCGGGUCCUGGGCCAUUUAACCUGGGCCUUCCUGUUGAAACGUAAGCUUCUGUCUAUCCUCAGCAGUGCCUUCCGUUUUUGUGAAAUGGCCGGGGAGCAGCGGUGGCGUCUCUGGAGUUGCGUGACUCGGGAGCUGCGGAUCGCGGCAGCACUUCUGCCGCUCGCCGCUGUCGACACCAAGAGGCCGUUCGACCCGUGCGCGAUGGCCUCCGACGCCUCCGGGGCCACCGAGUUCGACUUCGGGGGUUUCGGCGUCUGCGAGCGGGCUUGGGACUCGGAGGCAGUUCGAGCCGUGGCCAGCCGUGCGGAGAAGUGGAGGCACUGCGUCGAGGAUGCCAUUUGCGCCCGGGAGCAGAGUCUCGGGCUGGCCCCUCAGGGCCCCUCCAAGCUUCGAAGUUCCCAAGUGAGAGCCCGCCGUGGGGUCACCGACUUCUUCCACAUCGAUGGGGAGCAGAUCGGGGAUUUCGACACCUGGUCCACCGUUUUGUUCGGCCGGUUCGCCUCGUCGGAGAAUAUCAUGCGGGCGGAGGG